UGAACGUAGCGCGCGCGAGCCAUGAACUGAACCCGAGGAGAGUCGCUCGUGCUUCUUCUCGCGUUCCUCUUUUUUUUUUUCCCUUCCAUCCCAAGGAUCCUGGUUCGCCUCGAGACGGGCAGCCGCGCGCGCACCGAACGUAGUUCCGUUUCGACCGGACGCGACAAGUGUGUAGAACACUCCUCGUCCAAAAAGGAACUGUAUUUCUUUUAAGUAAAACAUUCCCGGGUAACACGGUCACUGCAUUCCGGCCCGAGUGUGCAUCUAGAGAAGGAUACCGGUGCAUCCCCGGGACGUGGUGCCGGCCGAACAGUGGAGACGAAAAUCAGAGUGUUGUUGAACGUGCGGUGAGAAGGACGGUGUGCGAUGGCAGUGGCUGCGGGGCCACGUCGGCCACGCACGCUCAUCCUCGGUGGUAAACACGCUUCCGGGAAUUAUUUUGGGGCGAGAAACGUUCCCUGGCUGCUGGUUGCCCUCCUAGCGCUCGCCGGUGUCGCACAGGUUGCCGCCCUCCGGUUGGCUGAUGGCAGCGGCUGCGGCGUGAACAGCUUCAAAUGUUUGGACGGCACCUGCAUACCGAGCACCUUGGUCUGCAAUUAUCAGAAGGAUUGCGAUAACGCGGAAGAUGAAUUUCAAGCGUGCACGCCGCCGGAUUGCGAACCUGGCCAGAUUACCUGCGGCCAGUACAUCUUCAAUAAAACGUACUGUAUACCUCCCCAUCAACGAUGUGACAUGACUGUCGACUGCGUCGACGGGACCGACGAAGCCGGCUGCAAUUACAGGAAAUGCCAGCCGGACGACUUCCGGUGCGGCAACACGACGCCGGAGCUGUGCAUCCCGAAGGAGAAGAAGUGCGACGGUUACCUGGAUUGCCGCAACGGUCGGGACGAGGAGAAAUGCGAAAACAACUCCAAGCCGGCCUGCAGGUUGGAUCAAUUCAGGUGCAACUCCACGCAGCGUUGCAUCGAGCAGUCGGCCAGGUGCAAUUAUAAGGACGACUGCGGGGAUAAGAGCGACGAGGAGAAUUGCAAUUUCCAGCCGUGCACGAUCAAUCAGUUCCCUUGCGAGAAUUCCCUCUGCAUACCGAAGUCGUUCGUCUGCGACGGCUACAAGGACUGCCAGGACGGAUCCGACGAGAAGUCCUGCACCACCACUUCCUGCCCGCGGAACAAGUUCGUCUGCCCUAAAGGAACGCCCGACGGGAAGCCGCUCUGCAUAGACCGAGCCCAAGUAUGCGACGGCAAGGCCGACUGCGAAGACGAGGCCGACGAACAGGCUUCUUGUUCGUCGGACGUGUGCGCAUCGUUAUCGUGUCGUUACAAAUGCCGGGCGUCGCCUUCGGGAGGCAUCUGUUAUUGCCCUGCGGGCUGGGUCCUCGCGAAUGAUUCAACGACCUGCGUAGAUCGCGACGAGUGUUCGGAAUGGGGCUUCUGCGAGCAGUUAUGCGAGAACACGGAGGGUUCGUACACCUGCCGGUGCGCCUCGGGCUUCGCGUUGCAGGGUCGGAACAAGUGCCGGGCGCAGCAGCACCCCGGCGUGAAAUUGGAGCUCCUAAUCGCCCAAGAGAAGGCAGUUUGGAGGAUGUCACCAAACGGGGAGGAGAAGACCAUCGUCGCCAAUACCACUGGGGCCAGCGGAGUGGACUACUUCUAUUCCAGAGAUCUCCUCCUCUGGAGCGACAUCAAAACGAAGAAAGUGCAUUCGGAGCCUCUGAACAGCGAAGACUCUAGUUCGAGAGUUGCUAUUUACUUGACCAGCUCGUGGAGCCCGGUGGCCAUCGCGGUUGACUGGAUCGGUGAGAAGUUGUAUGUGGUCGACUCGAUGGUUCAGAAGAUCGACGUGCUGGAAUUAGACGGGAGAUACCAUGGGAUCGCUCUGAGUUCGAACCUGACGAACCCAACUGACAUCAGUUUGGAUCCUACGGUUGGUUUAAUGUUCAUCGCCGAUAGCAAACAAGUGAUAAGGGCUAACAUGGACGGGACUGUGGCCUUCCCAGUGAUCUUCGAGGAUGCUUACAAAGUCUCCGGAAUCGCUGUCGACGUGAUCGCUCGGAGGAUCUUCUGGUGCGACUCUCAAUUAGAUUACAUCGAGACUGCCGAUUAUUUAGGAAAGAACAGGGUUAUGGUGCUGAGGGGACCGCACACGCCGUCGCCGACGAGAUUGACACUUUUCGAGAACAGAAUCUAUUGGACAGACGGCACGAAGCAGGCGAUAAUGAGCGUGGACAAGACAGAGGGCGAUUCUUCUAUACAGACGGUCUAUAAAAUGAAAGAUGCCAAGGGCAUCAAGGCGCUACAUUCUCUGACUCAACCGACGGUAUCCAAUCCUUGCGGGAAUAAUAACGGCGGCUGCCAGCACAUGUGCAUAGUUACUGCGGCCAGUGAUCAAGAUAAUAGAUUGGGCUAUCGAUGCGCCUGCGAUAUGGGCUGGCGCCUGUCCAGCGACCAGAGGAAUUGCAAUUUAGUUCAGGAAUUCUUAAUGUACUCCCAACAGAGGUUCAUCAAGGGCCGGGUGCUCGAUCCUGUUAUGGAGGGAUUCAGCGACGCAAUGUCACCUGUCGUUUCAAGGAGAGCGAGGUUCGUCGGUUUAGAUUACGACGCACAUGAUCAGUACAUUUAUUACAGCGACGUUCUCCAAGACGUGAUUUAUCGAGUUCGUCAGAGCGGCACCGGCCGGGAAGUAGUCUUGGCUAGUCAGAACGAAGGUGUGGAGGGUCUGGCGGUCGACUGGGCUGCCAAGAACUUGUAUUACAUCGACUCUAGGAAAGGGACGUUGAACGUUCUCAGCACGAGGAAUGUUACGUAUCGCAGGACGCUUUUGAAGAACUUGAAACGACCGAGGGCAAUCGUUAUUCAUCCUAACAAAGGGUUUAUCUUCUUCUCCGAGUGGGACAGGCCUGCGAACAUCAGCAGAGCUUAUACAGACGGCACGAACUUGAUGGUCUUCAGGAAUUUGACUUUAGGCUGGCCAAACGGUUUGGCUAUCGAUUUUGCGAAAGAUAGGCUAUACUGGUGCGACGCUCUCCUCGAUCACGUCCAGCAUUCUAAUUUAAAUGGUACAGACGUAAGAACGGUGAAUUCUAGAUUGAUCCGGCAUCCGUUCUCUAUAGCUAUUCACGAACAGUGGAUGUACAUCACCGAUUGGAGGCUGGAUGCUAUCAUUCGACUUCACAAAGAAACCGGAGAACAAGAAUCGAUUCUUAUACGGCAACCAGAAACGAAUAGGUUGUACGGUGUGAAAGUUUACAGUCGCUAUAUACAGGCUUCGUUGCCGGAUCACCCGUGCGCUGUUAACACCGAAGGGUGUGAAAAAUUGUGCUUCGCCGUGCCACAUAAUAGCGGCAGUGAGUACGACACGGGGAGAUUAACUAAAGUGUGCGGUUGUCCUUAUGGAGAAAGCCUUUUACCUGAAGAUUCAAAGAGCUGUGUGCCAGAUCCGGUGGCCGAGCCGCCUUUGGAGGCUUGUCCUAACGCUUGGGACUUCACCUGCGCGAAUCAGAGAUGCAUUUCACAUACCUGGGUCUGCGACGGGGAGAACGACUGCUUGGAUAACAGCGACGAACGAAAUUGCACGAAACCUACCUGCCCUUCGAACGCGUUCCAAUGUAAAUCAGGCAGAUGCAUUCCCAUGGGAUUCCUCUGCGAUUCAGAGAACGAUUGCGGUGACUAUAGCGACGAGGUCGGCUGCCCGAACGUGACUUGCAGCGCCAAUCAGUUCACCUGCGCUAAUAAUCGAUGCAUACCUAAUACUUGGAAAUGCGAUUCUGAGAACGACUGCGGGGACAGUUCGGACGAAGGCGAAUUCUGCGUGAAGAUUUCUAAGACCUGUUCCUACUUCCAGUUCACUUGUCCAAGGUCGGGUCACUGUAUACCGAGGUCCUGGGUCUGCGACGGGGACAACGACUGCUUUGACCAGCAAGACGAGAUGGAUUGCCCACCGGUCACUUGUUUAGGGCCGCAGUUCACCUGCGCGGAUCAGAAGAUGUGCGUCCUUGAUUCGUACAAAUGCGACGGUAUAUCAGAUUGCAACGACGGCAGUGACGAGGUCGGCUGCCCUUCCCUAGCGCCGGAUCAGUGCAACACCGAUAAACAGUUCCAGUGUCUCAGCUCCGCGAUUUGCAUCCCACGUAGCUGGUACUGCGACGGUACCGCGGACUGCCCGGACAGAUCCGACGAGCCAGCAUCUUGCGGACAAGUCGGAUGUCAGCCAGGAUUCUUUAAAUGCCGGAACGAGAGGUGCGUGUUCAAGGCGUACAUCUGCGACGGGAAGGACGACUGCGGCGACGGCUCCGACGAGGACACAGAGUUACACGCUUGCACCGCGCCGCCGUUUAAAUGCGACUCGCAGCAAUGGAAGUGUCCCGACGUUACGGACGUUUGCGUGAACAUCACCAGCGUCUGUGACGGCAAACCAGACUGUCCUAACGGCACCGACGAGGGUCCGGUCUGCGAUUUCGAAGAGUGCAAGUACAGAGGAGGUUUCUGCAGCAACGGGUGCAUCCAGACGCCUCUGGGCAAACAGUGCACGUGUCCUCCUGGCGAGGAGCUCAGCAAGGACGGAUAUACUUGCCAAGAUAUGGACGAAUGCGAUCCUCCCGGUCGUUGCUCUCAAGUUUGCGUUAAUAUCAAAGGCGGAUACUUCUGCUACUGCGGCGAGGGUUACACUUUGGAGAAGGACAAGCAUACCUGCAAAGCUUUCAACCACAGUGCGGCGUUCUUAAUCAUAUCUAAUAGGCACACGAUUCUAGUAGCCGAUCUGCAGGAUCAGGCGUUAGAACGAGUGCCUAUCAACGUCGUGAGCGUCGUCGCGACCGCUAGCAACAUGCACACAGGUACGAUCUUCUGGUCAGAUAUGAAGCUAAAGAAGAUUUCUAGGCUAGACAGAGGUAGCGACCCGGAAGACGUGAUUUCCACCGGACUAGACUUGGUCGAAGGACUUGCCUACGACUGGAUCGGCAAGAACUUGUAUUGGCUGGACUCAAAAUUGAAUACUAUCGAAGUAGCUAAAGAGACUGGUGCUAGUAGAAUGAUAUUAGUAAAAGAGAACAUCACACAGCCUAGAGGCAUGUGCUUAGACCCGAGUCCUCGAGCCAGGUGGCUGUUCUGGACAGACUGGGGUGAGAAUCCGCGAAUUGAAAGGAUUGGCAUGGACGGUACUAAUAGAUCAACGAUAAUAAACACUAAAAUCUAUUGGCCGAACGGUCUGGCGUUGGAUAUAGCGAAUAAGCGAAUAUACUUCGCCGACAGUAAAUUAGAUUUCAUCGACACUUGCCUCUACGAUGGCACCAAGAGGAUCCAAGUAUUAGCUGGCUCACAUUAUCUCCUACAUCCGCAUUCUCUGACUCUGUUCGAAGAUACAAUGUAUUGGACGGACAGGCAACUGAACCGAGUUUUAUCCGCACACAAAUUUUAUGGUGUCAAUCAGACAGUAGUUUCGCAUUUAAUAUCCCAGCCAUUGUCUAUACACGUUCAUCAUCCCGUUCUCCAGCCGGUCAGUCCGAACCCUUGCGCAACUGCUACAUGCGCUCACCUUUGCCUAUUAUCUCCCACGGACCCCCAGGGCUACACUUGCAGAUGCCAAGUUGGAUUUAAAUUACAACCGAACGGCCAGUGCACGCUAGAAGAAACUCCUUAUUUAAUGGUUCUACGUGGCUCUCAGAUCGUCGACGUAUCCUUGUUACCGGGUAGCACGAAGACCGGAUACAUAAGUCCUGUCGUCGGGGUCGAGGGUGGUAAAUUCAUCGACUACGACCGAAAGGAGAGAAUGAUUUACUGGUUACAGACUAAGGAUGACGAUGAAGAGAACGGAACGAUUUUCAUGACUCCCUACAGUGGUGGCAACAGGACAGAGUUCCCAAAUCCAUCUGGCGACAGUGGAAUCGUUGGAGCUCCGUCUGCCAUGGCGUUCGACUGGCUAGGCAGGAAUUUAUUCAUUGGAAAUAAAUACGCUUCUAAUAUAGAGGCGAUUAAAGUAGAUGGUAAAACGAGGUACAGGACGAUAGUUCUGGCCAACGAUGGGAAUAAGACGUCUGUAGCUAAACCGAAGGCCAUGUGCGUUGAUCCACUAGAGGGUCACGUGUUCUGGGUAGACGACGGGAGUUUCGGUAUUCCUAUGAAAAUCGGUAGAGUAAAUAUGGACGGAAGUAAUCCUAUAGUACUGAUUGAGAACGUUGACAAACCAGAGGCUAUUACAAUCGACAUCCCCAGUAAGACUAUCUACUUCAGCUCUUCCUAUCCGGCUCUGAUCCGAGCUGUUUCAACGGACGGGCAAAAUAUGAGGACCAUCGUUUCAGAGAACAUAGCUUUACCAAAAGCACUGGCUGUCCACGAGUCUAAAUUAUACCUCCUCGAUCCUCGAUAUGAUAAAAUCGAAAGAGUCGAUCUCCCCGACGGUGGCAACCCCACUACGAUAAUUGACAACGAUUCUGAAUUAAAGACACUGAGUAUUUACAAGAAACGUGUCACCGGGGCUCAUCCGUGCUUCGUGAACAACGGUGACUGCAAACAGAUCUGCCUCCCAGCUUCCGGAGGGACCAGGGUCUGCGCUUGCGGCAUGGAGUAUCGCAAAGUCAGCGACACUACCUGCGAGCCGUUCAAGACUUUUGCGGUGGUCACUCAGUUGGACGUAGCCAGGGGGUACAGUCUUAAAGAUGCGAAGGAAGCUAUGGUGCCGAUCGCAGGCGUAGGACAUCAUAUCCUUCACGUGGACGUCUACAGCGCAGGGAACUGGAUCUACUGGGUGGAGUUCAAUCGAGAGAUAUGGAACGGAAUUUUCAGGAUCAGACCGAACGGUACAGAGUUGCAGCAUAUUGUGAAACAGGGGAUCGGCUCGAACGGUAUCAGAGGCCUUGCUGUAGAUUGGGUCGCCGGCAAUCUAUAUUUCACAAACGUGUUCCCCCACGACAAUUACGUAGAAGUGUGUAAACUGGAUGGAAGUAAUAGGAAAGUACUGGUGAAGAAGACCAUGGAUGCUCCUCGGGAACUAGCCGUGAAUCCUAUCAAGCGAUACCUCUAUUGGAUAGACUAUGGCCAGUAUCCUAGAUUAGGUAAGGCUUAUUUGGAUGGAAGCAACUGGACACCGAUAGUCACUUCCGGCAUCAGCACCCCACGCGACAUAACGAUCGACCCUGCCACACACGAUGUCUACUGGGUAGACUCUAAACAAGAUACGAUUCAGAAGUUCGCUUACACCGGUGGAAGGCGCGAGAUUAUCAGGCGUAAUUUACCGAACCCUAUGGGCGUCGCUAUUUAUGGUAACGACGUUUAUUGGGUCGACAGGAACCUCGCCACCGUCUUCAAAGCUAGCAAGCAGAGUAACAUCAGUUUACCAACAGUGGUCAGAUCAAAUUUACCGAAGCUGAGGGACAUAGUAAUCUUCGAUGAAAACAGUCAACCGCCUGAUCCAACGAAUCCCUGUUCGCCAGAAGGACACGCAGGCUGCGAACAGCUCUGCUUCGCCAUGCCUAAGGAAAUGUCGGUUCCCUACAAAUGCGACUGCUCGGUUGGGAAGCUAGCAAGCGAUGGCAAGAGUUGCGAGAAUGUCGACGAAUAUUUAGUAUUCGCUACGCGGACAGAGAUUAGGUCGAUUGGGUUGGACCCGCAGAACACAAGCGUACCGUUUAAUCCUGUAGGAAACUUGACAAACGUUGUCGGCGUCGACUUCGAUUAUCAAGAUAAGAAAUUAUUAUUCACUCAAAUCAGGCCCUGGGCAAAGAUAGCAUGGAUGCAGGCGGAUCAUCCAUCUUCCUUAGACAUCCAUCCGCUGAUCAACAAAGGAAUCAAUCCUGAAGGAAUAUCUUAUGAUUGGACACAGAAGAAAGUCUAUUGGACCGAUUCUUCUAAUAAUAGUAUUUACGCGAUGGAUUUAGAUGGGACUAAUUUAGUAAUGAUUGCCAGAGUGGACAGGCCUAGAGCUAUCGUAGUCGAUCCAUGUAACGGAUCGCUUUACUUCACUGACUGGGGUCGCUUCGGAACGUCUGGAAAAAUCUUUAGGACUACCAUGGCUGGUUCUUUAAAGAAAGCUAUUAUAGACAAAGAUCUUUCUCAACCGAGUGGAUUAGCUAUCGAUUAUGAAGACCGUAUGCUGUACUGGACCGACGCAGUCAGGGAGAAGAUAGAACGUUCACAAUUGGAUGGAAGGAAUCGACAAGUCCUGGUCAGUGCGACCAUAUAUCCUUUCGCUAUAACUGUUUUCAGGGAGCACAUUUAUUGGACUGAUUUACAAUUAAGAGGAGUUUAUAGAGCUGAGAAACACACAGGUGCGAACAAAGUGGAGUUAGUUAAACGUUUGGAAGAUUCGCCGAGGGAUUUGCAUAUUUAUUCAGCGGCGAGGCAACAGUGCAAAGUGAAUCCUUGCAAUAUAACAAACGGCGGCUGCGAUCAAUCCUGCCAUCCGGGUAUAAACGGCGCGGCUGAGUGUAAAUGCGACGACAACAGUAGAUUAGUGAACGAGGAUAGAAUGUGCGUACCCAAGAAUGUGACCUGCGACUCCAGCAAGUUCGCUUGUCGAAACGGGCGUUGCAUCUCGCGGAUGUGGGCGUGCGACGGCGACGACGACUGCGGCGACGGUUCCGACGAGGACACCAAUUACUGUUCCUAUCAUUCUUGCAGCCCGAACGAGUUCAGAUGUAACAACGGUAGAUGCAUCUUUAAAACCUGGAAAUGCGACCACGAGAACGACUGCCGGGACGGCAGCGACGAAGAGGGCUGCGUGUAUCCUCCUUGCGCCGCCGAGGAGUUCACUUGUGCCAACUAUCGCUGUAUCCCUCUAUCGCAGGUCUGCAAUGGUGUUAAUGACUGUAAGGAUAACGUCACGUCGGACGAGACCCAUGAGCGUUGCCCUAGGAACACUACUUGUCCGCCUCAUCAUCUGAAAUGCGAGAAGACUAACAUCUGCGUAGAACCGUAUUGGCUCUGCGACGGGGACAACGAUUGCGGAGAUAACAGCGACGAGAAUCCGUUGCACUGCGCUCAGAGGACGUGUCCUCAGAGCAGUUUCAGGUGCCCUAAUCACAGGUGCAUCCCGGCUACUUGGUACUGCGACGGGGACGACGACUGCUUAGACGGUAGCGACGAACCACGGGGUUACUGUCAGUCCGAAGGCAGAACUUGUUUCGGUGAUUUGUUCACUUGUGAUAACGGGAAUUGCAUUCCAAGGAUCUAUAUUUGCGACGGUGAUAACGACUGUUUGGAUCACUCCGAUGAGGACGAGCGUCACCAGUGCAACGACAGGAAAUGCGACGAGGAGACAGAGUUCACUUGCACUGCGAACAAAGUCUGGAACAGGGCUCAGUGCAUCCCGAAGAAAUGGUUGUGCGACGGUGAUCCCGACUGCGUCGACGGUGCCGAUGAGAACGUGACCUUGCACCACUGUCCCACGCCGGCACCUUGCGCCAAGAAUCAAUUCACUUGCAAUAACGGCCGAUGCUUAAACGAGAAUUGGCUAUGCGAUCAUGAUAACGAUUGUGGGGACGGUAGCGACGAAGGGAAAUUCUGUAACUCGAGGUACAUGCCUUGCACCUUCGACGAAUUCACUUGUCAUAACUUCAAGUGUAUAAGAAAGCAGUUCCGGUGCGAUGGUCAGGACGACUGCGGGGAUCAUUCGGAUGAAGAUGGAUGCGCACCGAAGGUGAAGAACACGACAUGCCCGAACCCAGGCGAGUUCAUGUGCGCGAAUGGCAACUGUAUCGACCAACGAUUGGUUUGCAACAAAGAACCCGACUGUGCAGACGAGAGCGACGAGCCUGCUCACUGCAACGUCGACGAAUGUAUCACAGUCGAGACGAAUCAAUGCGCCCACAAAUGCGUCGACACUCCAACGAGUUAUUAUUGCGAGUGCAAUCCAGGAUACAGACUCCUCGACGACGGUAAAGCCUGCGAGGACAUAGACGAGUGCACCGAGACGCCUCAAGUGUGCAGCCAACAUUGUCAGAACACACCGGGAAGCUUCUACUGCAAGUGUAACAACUACUGGUACGAGCGAGCCGCCGACGAGCACACUUGCAAGAGGAGAGACAACAUCAAACCGUGGAUCAUCUUCACGAACAAAUACUACGUACGGAACAUGUCGAUUGACGCGUCGAAUUAUAGUCUGAUGCAUCAGGACUUGAUCAACGUCGUCGCGCUGGACGCAGAUUACUCGGAGCAGAUGCUGUACUUCUGCGACGUGACCGCUAAGACGAUAUUCCGGGCGCCGAUCGCGGGAGGGGAGAGAGAAGCGAUUAUCAGACACGACAGCCUCGGUUUGGAGGGAAUAGCGAUCGACUGGGUCGGUAGGAAACUAUACUGGCUCGACCGGCACUCGAAACACUUAGACGUGGCCGAGCUGAACGGCACCAAUCGAAAAACUCUCUUGACUUCUAUAUCUGAUCCACGCGCCAUCGUCGUUCACCCGGGCACAGGGUACCUCUACUUCACGUCGUGGCACCUUCAAGGAUACAUUGGAAAAAUGGGAAUGGACGGAAGUAACUUUACAAGGAUUCUCACUUGGGACGACGGUAUAGCUUGGCCGAAUGCGUUGACCAUCGACUACUUCACUGAUCGAAUCUUCUGGGCCGAUGCUCAUUUGGAUUACAUCGCGUUCGCCGAUUUGGAAGGACAUAACAGACGUAAAGUUCUCACUGGUAACGCCGUGCCACACGUUUUCGCUAUUACUGUAUUCGACGAUUUAAUUUUCUGGACCGACUGGAACCUGAAGGCUAUCAGCAGAGCAGAGAAGUUCUCCGGUGCCAAUUUGCGAGUUCUUAGAAACACCACUCACAGACCGUACGACAUCCACGUUUACCAUCCCCUUAGACAAUUGCCUUAUGAAAACCCCUGCAGGGAGAAUAAUGGCGGAUGCUCGCAUCUGUGCCUCAUCUCACCUCCCGCGAGCUCCUAUUUAUUAGAGGGUUACGGCCAACCUGGUGUCACCUCAUAUAAAUGCCAGUGUCCGAAUCAGUUUACUCUGGACAAAGACGGCAAGACCUGUAAAGCUAAUUGCACGUCUGGCCAGCACCGAUGCGGUCCUCCAGAUGAGAAAUGUAUACCCUGGUACUGGAAAUGCGAUGGUGAAAAGGACUGUAAAGACGGUUCUGACGAACCUAGCAGUUGCCCAGCUCGCGUUUGCCGACCCAGCAUCUUCCAAUGCGCGAACGGAAAUUGCAGGCCGAGCGUGGCCGUCUGCGAUGGCGCGGACGACUGCGGGGACAAGAGCGACGAGGCCCACUGUGCAUUGGAGUGCGGCGAACUGGAAUUCAAGUGCAAAAGCACUGGUCGUUGCAUCCACGAGUCUUGGAAAUGCGACGGGGACACCGACUGCAAAGACGGUAGCGACGAGGACCCUGCGAUUUGCCAUAAUCGACAGUGCGACCCGAGCACCGAGUUCACAUGCAAAAAUGGUAGAUGUAUCCAGAAGGUAUGGAUGUGCGAUGCGGACAACGAUUGCGGCGAUGAUAGCGACGAACCGGCGUACAUGUGCCGACAGAGGAAUUGCACGAUCGGCUGGCAGCGUUGCCCCGGCCAUGCUAAUUACCGUUGCAUACCUAAAUGGCUGUUCUGCGAUGGUAAAGACGAUUGCCGCGACGGAUCCGACGAACUCCCGGAGAAUUGCCCCAAGUGCGAUCCGAAGAUGGACUUCAAGUGCGCCAAUAACAGAUGCGUGCCUAAACAAUGGCUCUGCGAUUUUGCUGAUGACUGCGGGGACGGCAGCGACGAGGCGGAGACUAUGUGCAAGGGUCGCUACAGGGAGUGUUCGGAGUCGGAGUUCAAAUGCGAUAACGGCAAGUGCAUAGCUUCUAGGUGGAGAUGCGACAACGAGGACGAUUGCGGGGAUAAUAGCGACGAACAUGGUUGCCAGAAGUUCGUCUGCAAGGGAGAUACGUUCCAGUGUGCCAGCGGACACUGCAUAGCGUCGUACUUGAGAUGCGAUGGGACAAGAGACUGCAGAGAUAUGAGCGACGAGAUGGGAUGUCCGCCGAGGUAUCCGGGUGGAAGAUAUUGUCCACAGUCGAUGUUCCAAUGCGAGAAUAAUCUCUGCGUGCAACUGAAGGAUAUAUGCGAUGGAACGGACGACUGUGGUGACAAUUCCGAUGAGAAUGCUGGCAUGUGUGCGAACUUCAAGUGCGACACAUCGUACAGAUUCCAAUGCGCCAACCACAAGUGCAUCGCUAAGUAUCAACUGUGUGAUGGUAUUGACAAUUGCGGUGAUGGUUCUGAUGAGAAUAAUAUGACCAUGUGCGCUACCAAAGUCCGGCCGUGCGAUCCCCAAAGGGAAUAUACUUGCGCUAACAAGAAGUGUAUUGACCGAUCGAAACUUUGCGAUCUGGCAGAUGACUGCGGUGAUACUUCCGAUGAGCUGGGCUGUCAUCACAAUAAACCCUGUUUGGACAGCAACAAAGGCGGCUGCUCCCACUAUUGCCACAACAUCACCGAAGGCGGCUACAUCUGCGCCUGUUACCGGGGCUACAUAAUAUCUCAAAACAACCGGAAACUCUGCGAGGACAUCGACGAAUGCGCCGUCGGCCAGCACUACUGCUCUCAGAUCUGCACCAACGUGAACGGCACCUAUUCCUGCUCUUGCCGAGAAGGUUUCGAACUAUCGGACAAUCGCAGCGGCGUCUGCAAGGCCAUAGACUCCGACGUGACGAUUCUGUUCGCCAAUGGACCCGGGAUCAGAGGUUACGAUCUUCGCAGCAGAGAAGAGAUGGAAGUGAUAGCGAACGAAAAAAGGGUACAGGCGCUGGACUUCGAUCCGAAGUCUGAAUACGUGUUUUGGAUCGACGGUUAUGACAAGUCUAUCAAGAGAUCGUACAUGGUGAACGCGAAGGGUGGACAGGUGAAGAUCGGUUACGCCCAGGAUCUGAACAUAAAAACUGGUUCGGGUCUCUCGAGUCUAGCGGUCGAUUGGAUCUCCGGCAAUCUUUACUGGGCGGAGAUCGAUCAUACUGGAAACUCGUUGUUCGGGCGAGUGAUGGUCUCGAAAGCGGACGGUAGAUACCGUCGAAGCUUGAUAACAGUCGGAUUGGAGAUCCCGACUUCGAUUGUAGUGGAUCCGGAGCUUGGCAAAAUCGUUUGGGCCGAUGCUGGAAAUCAGCCCAAGAUCGAAACGGCUUGGAUGGAUGGCGACAGAAGGAAACAGCUGGUUACGGAAAGAAUCGCGCAUCCCAUUGCUCUCACUAUUGAUUACUCCAUGCAGCAUACUCUUUAUUGGGCCGAUAUUAAACUCAACACCAUAGAAUCCAUCGAACAGGAUGGAUUGAACAGACGGAUGAUCCUGAAGGGAGAGAGCUUGAGGCACCCGGUUUCCUUGGACGUUUUCGAGAGCAACCUCUACUGGGUCGCGAAGAAAACUGGUGAGCUGCUCAAGCAGGAUAAAUUCGGCAGAGGAGUUCCGGAAGUCGUCAUCCCCAACGUACAAAACCCGGGCGGAGUGAAGGUGUACCACCAGGAGAGAUACAAUAUCUCAUUGAGGAACGUCUGCCACGAAGAUCAGUGCACGCACCUGUGCGUCCCGAUCCCCGGUGGCAGUCGGUGUCUCUGCUCGGACAGCAUCGGUCCUCUUCAGCAGAGAGAGACUCUGCAGAGGUCGAACGAACGUCAUUGCGACGCGACUAACGAGAGACCGCUCCCGGCGCCGAGGAUCUGCCCCUGUAGAAACGGCGGCCUGUGCGAGGAAGUCGACGACAAGCUACUGUGCGACUGUCCUUCUCCGUUCCUUGGAGAAUUCUGCGAAGUUCUGCUGGGGGCCAGGGCGAACAAUGCCACCGCUGCGAUCGUAAUACCGAUUGUCAUCUCUAUUCUUAUUCUCCUCGGUGUUGCUGCUGUUAUUAUGGUGCUCAAGAAACGGCCAUUCGGUAAGCCGGGAGGCCUUGGCAGUUUAACCGGUGCUCAAAGCGUGUCCUUCAGGCAAGGAAGCAACGUCGAGUUCGGCGUGCCAGCUCACGAAAGAAUGGAGCCACUUGACGUGGAGUACAAUCUUGGCGACGUGAGCAAUAAGAACAGGGACUUCAGCAAUCCCAUGUACGACGCGGUGAACACCGAGACCGGCGCCACGAACGGUACCAGCGCCAGCAGCAUGUACGAGCUGCCGGCCGAGAUGAAACCGUCCAGUGUGCAGCACAAAGAGCCGCCGCAGUUGCAUCUGAAGAGGAGGGAGCUCGACCCGACUCCCAUCGACUCGGGGAAGGACACCCAGCAGCUGGUCGAGGAAGACAAGUCCGAGUGUUAGAUAGUUUAACUCAUUCGCAGUGACGUAGUUAGAGAUAAGAAGAACAGAAGGAGGAGUAUGACUCGUUUGAGUAACGCAGGAACCGAGGGUAACUCUUUUUCACGAUUCAGAGUUAUAUAUUUAUUUUCGUCGGGGGGGAUUCUUAACGAACCACAAGACUGAGUUCAACACGAGGUAUUACUGUGUCUGCUGAUUUUUAAACGAGAUAGGAAAUCACGUAGCUUGAUUCGAGGGUGAGGAAAAAUUCAGGUGCGUCUGGCUACGCCACUGCUUUCACGUAGGGAUGCCCUCGUAUCCGUGGCACUUCUAAUCUCGACCCGGUCAUUUCCUUUAUUUAACAACGAAACAAUGUUGGAAACUAUUUCAACACGGAUUCAACGAAUCAUUCUCGUUUCUGUGUUACUAUUCUGUGUCGCGAGACAGAAGUGCGACCGGUGACGAGUUAGUGUCAUCUUAGGUGCGAUUUGUAAGUCUUGUAAAUACGAUUAUCGCAGAAUAUUAAUUUCACGUUGUCCAUGUACCAUAACGAAGCAGAACAUUCCAUACUAUAUUCGGCGGGCAGUUCGAGGCGAACCGGGGGACAAGGGGGUGUUGAGGGACUGUUUGUAAGGGCCUCGGGAAAAGAGCGAGUCAUAUCACGGACCAAGUGUUUCUUUUUUCUUUUCUCAGAGAGGAACAUAAAGAGAGGAGCGUAGCUUUCUCUUUAUUAAGCUUGCUUGGCCACACGUGAGCGUUGUUGUUAAGCGUUUGUACAUUUCUUUUUUUUUUAUCUAGAUUACGCGCGGGGAACGUCAGUGUACAGUUUUUCUUCCGUAGCAGCUGUGAUCGUGAAAUUAACAAAUCGGUGAGGCAUACGCGAAGCGGUAUUUGAUUUUACUUUUUAAACAAAAAACGUAUUACGGUUGGGUGCGAUUAACGAUGUAUGGGCUAUAUACUUAAACAAUGCUGGCAUGUUGAAUUUGUUAUUAUAGAUUCCUAUUACUAUUAAAAAGCUACCUGCAA